CUUACAGGUCGCAUUUUGUGUUCAAUUGCCGCGUGCCUAGCUCGUGCGGCGCCUAAUUUCGUGGCGGUCAACGACGGAAAAAAGGAGAUCGCGCAAGUUCCGCUUCAUCCACCCAGUGGAUCUGAUACUUUUCGACACCAUCAAAGGACUUGAACUCGUAUACUCGCAUAGCCCAACAUGUCGGACACCGUAGCCUCCGAGGUUAUCCAACGCGAGGAAGCUCCCGCUCCUGCUCCCGAGCCUGCCGCUCCGACUAGCGCCUCGAAGCCUUCUCCCACGAAAUCAUCCCCUUCGAAGCCUUCCCCCACGAAAUCAUCCCCUUCGAAGCCUCCCCCCUCGAAGCCUCCCCCCUCGAAGCCUCCCCCCUCGAAGCCUUCCCCCUCGAAGCCUUCCCCCUCAAGCACCAGUGCCACGAAGCGGCCCCCGACCACGUCGGCGGUUCCUGCUCGUCGGGGAACCGCAACAGCCGGUACCACCGGGACCAAGCCAACACCAGCGAGCUCCGCCACCCGUACAGGCGGUGGACUGAGCAAGCCGCCAACCCGGCCGCCACCGGGCUCCACGGUCUCUAGGCGGCCCCCCACGUCGGCCUCAACAACAUCGCAUCGCAGCCAGCCAUCGGUGUCUGAGGAUGAGAAGAAGCGUACGCCAGCUUCCAGCGCGUCGAGCACAGCGCGGCGGACCUCGACGGCUCCUAGCACCACCUCAUCUCCAGGGAGGGCAAGGGCCGUUGGUACUACUGCAUCUACCACCGCCGCUGCUCGAAAGCCUGCUUCUUCCACUAGCAGCACCGCAGCGCCAAAAUCGACUCCCACCCUCGCCAAGUCCACGAGUUCCACGAGUCCCACGAGCACGGGGCCAGCCGGCACGACCCGCACCGCUACUAGAACAGGCGCUACUGGGGCCGUUGCCGAGGCGAAGAAGCGUCUCUCAAAUAUUGCUACUACUUCGACUCCCUCGGGCUCUACAACGGCGAGACAUGCUUCCCGUCCCUCGUUGGCGUCUAGCACUGGCAAAGCUGAAGCGGCAAAGGAGGUUGAGGAAUUGAAGAAGAAGCUCGCAUCUAGCGAGGCCAAGAUUGCAAAUCUGCAAUCGAAGCUAAGCACCGGGGAAGCCACCCAUCCUGACGCCGACGUAUCGCCGAUGAAGGAGCAUUCAGACCUCCUUGAAAGCCUGAAAGCCCAGCACGCCUCCGAGCUCGAGACGCUGAAGGGACAAGUUGCUGACGCGCAGGAGAAACUGGAGCAAGCCGAAGCCGACCUAGCCGCCCAGAAAGCCUCGUUCGCUGACCUCACGGGAUCGAAGGAGGCAACUGAGGCUGAGAUCGCGAAGCUCAAGGAGAACCUCGAGGCUCUACAGGCCGAGCAUGCCGCAAAGCUAAGUGAGAACGACGCAAAUCUAUCCAAGGCGACCGAGGAGCAUGCCGCGGAACUUGAGGCGCUGCAAACCAGCCUUACGGAGCAACAUCAGGCGGCCAUCGAUGCCCUGGAGGCCAAGCAUGCCGAGGGCCUUCAGAACGACAAUGUCGAGGCCCAUGUUGCGCACGAGAAGGAACUGGCAGAUCUCAAGACCUCCCAUGAAGGUGCCACUGCGGACUUGCAGAAAAAGAUUGAGGAUCUGACUGCGACGCAGGCGGCACUGGAAGCCGCGCACGAGAGCAAGCUGGCCAGCGAGAAGGAGGCGAACUUGGAUGCGGUGUCGGCUCUGGAAACGGCGGUUACCGAGCUCAAGACGAGGCUGGACGAUGCCGUGAAGGCCGCAGAGACCGGCCAGUCAGCGCUGGAGGAGAAGUCGGCAGAGGUCGCCGCCCUGGAGGCCAAGGUCGCCGAUCUCACUGCAGAACUUACGGCUGCGAAGGAAGAGGCCGCGAAGGCCGCAGCGACUCUCUCGGACCUGCAGGCGACUAUCGACGCCAAGGACGCUGCCAUUGCCAAGCUGGAGUCUGCUGUCGCGAAGCACGAUGAGAGCCUGAAGCAGGUCAGCCAGGAUUACGAAAAUGAGAUCGAGAGCCUUCGCGGUGAUGCAUUCUUCAAGCGGAAAUUCGAGGUCCUCGAGUCUGAGCACAAUAAGCUGACGAAAGCCCACGAGGAAGACACCGAGGCCCAUUCCAAGGCCCUCGAAGUUGCCAAGUCCGAGCACGAUGCCGCUGUGAAGGCGCUGGAAGCCAAGGAAGCGGAUCAUCAAAAGACUCUCGAUGCCCUCCGCGCCAGCCAUGCCGAAGAGAUUGAAGGCGCCAAGAGCAGUGCCAGGCAGGAACAAGAGACUGUUCUUGAGGAGCUGGAGACCUUGAAGGCGAAUCAUGCGAAGCAAGUUGAGAUUCUCAAGAGUGAGAGCGAGGCCAGUUUGGCGGCUGAGCUGGAGGCCCUGAGGGCAAGUCAUGCCGAGGCCAUUGACGUCUUGAAGAAGGAGAGCGGAUCGGAAGCGGAGCGCCUACUGGCUGCCCAUGCAGAGGAGCUUGCCGCAGCCAAAUCUGCGGGUGACGAGGGCCUGGCUGCACGACUGGAGGAUCUCAGGAACGAGUUGGCCGCCAAGCAUAGCGAGGAACUCGCGGCUGCCAAGUCCGCCAGCGAGAGCGCGCUUGCGGAGAAGCUGGAAGAGCUCAAGCACGAGCUGAGCGCCAAGCAUGCCGAAGCACUGGCCGGUGCCACAUCAGCCGGACACGAGGAGCACGCCGCGCAAUUGGAGAGCCUGAAGACUGAACUGGCCGCUAAGCACGCCGAAGAGCUUGAGAAGCUGACCGCGGAGCUCGAGGCUGCCAGAGGCCUGCAGGCUGAUCUGGAUGCGGCGAAGGCCAAGUUGGAACAGGCAGAAACCAGCCACGCCGCGGCUCUGGAGAAGGCCAAGACGGACUUGGAGGCAGCACAUUCGGACGAGGUGGAGAAGCUCUUCGCACAACACGCUGAGGUGAUUGAUGACUUGAGGAAGGAAGGUGCUGCCGGUAUUGAGGCACAGCUGGAGGCCUUGAAGACAGCACAUUCGGCCGAGGUGGAGAAGCUCUUCACGCAACACGCUGAGGUGAUUGAUGACUUGAGGAAACAAGGUGCUGCCGACGUUGAGGCACAGGUCGAGGCCUUGAAGACCGAACACGCCAAGGCGGUCGAGGCCCUGUCUGCCGAGCUCGUCAAGGCUCAGGAAGAGACAGAUGGACUUGGCCAGCAACUCGCACAUGAAAAGAUGGAGAAGUUCACCGCCCAAGCCGAGCUCGACGCGGCGAAGAAUGCGAAGCCCGAUACCUCAGAGGCAGACGCUCUGAAGGAACAACUGGCUGCCCUCACUGCGUCCAACGAGAAGGCGCUCGCCGAAGCAAAGGAGAGUUCGGGCAAGGCCACCGAGGAACUCGAGUCAAUCAAGGCAGACCUUGCGAUGCUGCAGAAGGAGUUCGAGGCCCACAAGCAAGAGGCCACGGCCAGGCAGAAGACAUCCGAAGCCGAUUACAAGGACAUGCAUGAUAGCAUGACGCAGCUGAUCGAGGAGGCCCAGACUAAGGCUAGCGACGCAGAGGAGAAGUUGGCCGACGCCGAGAAAAAGGUCGCCGAGUUUGAAUCAAAGAUUGCAGAGCUGGCCGCCCAGCUGAAGGUCAAGGAUGCUGAGAUCGCCGAGGCCAGAGUAAGCCCCGUCCCCAACGUACCCACAUGAUGCGUAUGAGCGUUCCGCUGACUAGCGACACUUCGUAGACCAAGGGCCCGGCAGCUAGCAAAGCCGCCAACGGGACCACAGAUGAUGGCGACGAUGAGACCACCGAGACCGCUGGUAAGGAUGAACCCGCGGCCGAAGGUGAGAAUGAGCCGGAUAAUUCUUCAGCGGCAUUGGCUUUGGUGCGAGCGCCCUUGCUUGAUGCAGCAUCCCCACUCCCCUUCCCCCUCUUUCCUGUCCGCC